AACUUGUAUGGAGAAUUUGCCUUUGUCAAAGAAAUUUUACCUUCAUCUAGAUGGUACCAGUACUUACAUUCCUGAUGUGGAUUUGCCCUCUCGAAUUGCUAAUUUGCCUGUUCCAUCUGCCUUAACACAGCCUCCGAUCCAGCAGGUAGAGAGUGCAUCUCGACGUCGUGUUGAGCUGUCGGAUCCUCCUCUAAAGUUUCUUGCUUUGUCUCCUGAGUUGCUUGAUGUGGUUUUUAGAAUUGGUAUUCCUACAGUUAAGAGUAUUCCGUUGUUAUGCCGGCUGCCUUUUGCGGAUGCAUUGCGGGGUGCUUUGAAUCUGAUUAUUUCCUCUCCUUCUAAUGUUGAAAAUUGGGUUAAGCUUUUGUUACUGCCAGUGACAGUGUUAUAUAGGUUUAGCCCAGUAUCAAGUCAGGAACAUUCCGCUAGGAAGCGAAAUUCUUUGCAGCAGUUAAUGAUUUUAAGAGCUCUGGAAGUCUGGAAUUCUGGCACUGUGGGUAUUCAACAACUCUUAGCUCGGGUUCUCGAGCAUGAACCUUUGUCCCCGCUGUCCACCAGCACUGAUAUUAAUGUUCAGAGAGCUAAGUGUAAAGUUAAAGAUGGGCAGUAUGCAGUUGCUAUCCGUAUGCUUUCUUCUUGUGGAGUUGCCUCCUCUUCUGCAGCAACUUGGCAAGGAUUGGUAGAGAAACAUCCUCAAUGUGAGUGCCCAACUCCUAGCACUUUUGGGAAUUCGGCUGCUCCUUUUGAGGCCUCCAUGGGGGCUAUUGAGGAGGCUAUUAAAUCUUUCCCAAAAGGGACUGCGUGUGGAAGAGAUGGUUUGAGAGCUCAACAUUUGAUUGAUGCUAUGAGAGGUGCCGCCGCAGCUAUUAAGGAUGAUCUUUUACAUUCUAUAGCUUUAGUUGUGAAUUUGUGGCUAGCCGGUCGAUGUCCCACUGAGUUGGGGCCGUAUGUGGCAAGUGCUCCCCUCACGCCUCUUCUAAAAUCUGAUGGGGGGAUUCGGCCUAUAGCGGUUGGCACUAUUUGGCAUCGUCUAGUGUCUAAGCUUACAGUAAAGGGUGUUAUCAAAGAUAUGGUGCAUUAUUUGCGAGACCACCAGUUUGGGGUAGGAAUUCCAGAGGGUGCUGAAGCAGUUAUACAUGCUGUCAACCGUAUAGUUCAGGCAGAAAAAGAUAAUACCAAGUUGACAAUGAGCCUAGUGGAUUUUAGCAAUGCUUUCAACUUGGUUGAUCGGGGGGUUAUGUUUAGGGAGGUCAGGUUAAGGUGUCCGGCUUUAGCUUGUUGGGUUGAAUUUUGUUAUGGGAAGGCUGCUAAGUUGUACCUUGGACGUAAUUGCAUUGUUUCCUCAACUGGGAUCCAACAAGGAGACCCUUUUGGGCCUUUACUAUUCUCUUUGGUGCUUCAUCCUUUACUUCAUCGUAUAAAGGAAGAGUGUGGUCUUGCAUUUAUGGCUUUUUAUUUGGAUGAUGGGACCAUUAUUGAUGACACAUUUAAGGUCGAUAAGGCUAUUCGAUUCAUCCAAGAAGUUGGUCCAGAAUAUGGCCUACUUCUAAACAUCAACAAGACGGAGGUUUUUUGGCCUAGUGAGGACCCACGUCGAUCCCCGGAAGCCAAUUUAUUCUCUCGUGGUAUAGCUCGGCCAAUGUGUGGUGUGAAGGUUUUGGGGGGGCCUGUCUCUUCGGAUGCCGUAUUUUGUGUCCAGAUGUUGCAUAUGCGUGUGUCUAAAGCUCUAGUGGCCAUGGAUCUAUUAGACCAACUGAAGGACCCUCAAAUGGAGUUACUUCUUCUUCGAGCUUGUGUUGGUAUGUCGAAAAUGGUAUUUGCUCUCCAUACAUGUCCUCCGUAAUUUGUUG